CUGCUUUUUCAUAAUGGCAAUCAAGUUGAUUUUGAAAAUUACUUUUUUCAGUUACUUAUGUCUAGCAUAUUUUUUCCCGAAGUUCAUAUCACAUUUAUUUGAACUAAUUUCUGAAAGAUUUAUGUCUGCCAGGUGGAUGAGCAGGCCAAAGAGAGAGUGCUUUACAACAUUUCCUUUCCUGAACAUCCAGACGUUUAGGGGAGCUAAAUUUAAACUUUUAGUGCAACUUUUCUUCCCUUCAUUCUAGUAAAGUGAAAGGGAAAGCUCUGAUUUUUGUGUUACACUGAUGUGUGAUUAAAUUUACUCAGUAAUGAAUGUGGUUUUUAUUAACCAAGCUAAUAUUUCAGGUCUUUGGGGUUUUUUCCUACUAGAGUAAGUGAACUGCUUCUCGGGGGUAAUACAAAUUCUCUGCCUUUGUCAUUGGCAGGUAGAAUGUAGUAAUAAUAUGAUUAGUGUUUAUGAAUAGUAAUCUUCAUUUGUCCAAUGCUUAACAUCUACUGGGCAUGGUGCUUAGUGUGUUGUGUGCUUUGUACCAUUUGAUCUUAGAGCAACCUGGUGAUGACAUGGCUGCUAUUAUCAACAUCCCUAUUUGCCAAAUGAGAGAACUGAGGUUGGGUGGUUUGUUCAAGGUACCACCCUAAGUGGCGAUUUCACACUUAGCAGACCUGUCUUCUGACUCCUCAGGAUUUACGUGUAUCUUGUCGUUCACUGCUGUGAGGAACUUCAUGUUCCCUUUUGUAAAGGAGAGAGUAUUUCUUGCGUUUUCUGUAGCUGGGAUGUAAGCUGUUCAUCAGCCAUCUGGGUGACUUUUUGGAGUGGAGAAAGUGGGUAGACCCCAUCGGCCUGCCACGCUCCCGAGUGGACCGGGUGACUGAUUCAGUCUUGCUGUAGACUGCAUGGUGUUCUAACGUAGAAAUGCUUUUGUGCGGAGCGUGGUGAGUAUGAGUGAGUGCUUCCUUCCAUUUCUGGUUAAGCCUCCACGGCCUCAUAAGCCGCGAUUAUUGUCCCGUUCAGUGUGAUGGGGAGCAGCCCGGGGUGCAGAGCCCUGAAGCGGAUGGUGGAAGUGUGCUCGGGAGACUAGUCUUUGGACUCAAGAAGUUUGUAGGUUGGAAGGGACAAUCUGCUUCAUCUUGAUUCUGCAGCAUUGCAAACUGUGGUAUCCUGGGGUUCUCUUAACAUUGCGGAAGAUUUAAGACCAGCUGAUGUUCACAAGGAAUCGAGUCACGUGAUGUAUGAAGGGAAACAUAUACACUUCUCUGAGGUUGACAAUAAGCCCUUGUGCUCAUAUAGCCCCAAACUGUGCAAGCAGCGGCGACUCAACGGCUACGCUUUCUGUAUCAGACACGUUCUGGAGGACAAGACCGCCCCCUUCAAGCAAUGUGAAUAUGUGGCCAAGUACAACAGCCAGCGCUGCACCAACCCCAUCCCCAAGUCCGAGGACCGAAGGUACUGCAACAGCCACUUGCAGGUACUUGGCUUUAUCCCGAAAAAAGAGAGGAAGAAAAAGAAUGAUCCUCUAGAUGAGGUCAAGGUCAGGCACCAGAUGGAUACCAUGGCCUUCAGCCUGACCGUGCCCACGGUGGCCUUGAAGAUGCCCAAUGGACUGGAUGGAAUGUCCCUCUCUCCACCGGGGGCAAGGGUCCCUCUCCACUACCUGGAAACCGAGCUGGAAGACCCAUUUGCUUUCAACGAGGAAGACGAUGACCUAAAGAAAGGGGCAACCGUGAGAAGGAAGCUACAGAGCAAGUUGGCCCAGAACCGGCAGCGCCAGAGAGAGACAGAGAUUCUGAAAGUCCGGCAAGAGCACUUUAGUCCCCCUCCUGCACCUUCGCAGCAGCAGCCUCCGCAGCAGCUCUCCCACCUGUCACCUGCGUCCACAUGUAUAAAACCUCCAGCGCCACCGCAGGGUUUAGUCUGCAAGUCACCUCAGCCUCCGAACACCAGCCUACCACUGCAGGGAGUGGCCCCCACCACACACUCGAUAGCACAAGUGAGGCAGUCGUCUCACAGGCGGCCUCUGCCCCUCCUGCCAUCCAGCAGGGCUCCUGGCGCCGACCUGCCCAGGACCGACCGGGUCCUCAUGAGAGCCGCUGCCUUCUCUCCACACUUCUCUUGUAUAAGCCGGCUGCAGAGACUGGUGAAACUGUGCGCCCAAAGCCAUCAGUUGGACGCGGACCUGUUUCCCCAUUUAGGGUUGGACUGGUCUGAAGAGAGCGGAGAGGAGCUGGAGGCCUCAGAGCAGGCCUCGCCCUACCAGGUUGCAUGGUCCAUCCGAGAAACCCUCAGAUAUGAAAGACACAUGUCAGAUGACGAUGACACGGAGACUCGGAGCUCCAGGGUGACCCAACUUUGCACUUACUUUCAGCAGAAAUAUAAGCACCUCUGCCGCCUGGAGCGGGCAGAGUCUCGGCAGAAGAAGUGCCGGCACACGGUCAGGAAGGCCUUGCUGCAGGCGGCCAGCAGAGAGCCGGAAGGCACUGGGCAGCUCCUGCAGGAGCUGCGGAGGGCCGCGUGCGGCCGCGCCAGCAUAAGCCGGACCAAGUUGAGGGAGAUGGAGCCAGGCGUGUGCAGUGGAAGCGUGAAGGGUGAACCGUGCCCUCACAGAGCCCUCCCGUUCACCAGACAUUGUUUCCAGCAUAUCCUCUUGAACCGCUCGCAGCAGCUCUUCUCAAGUUGCACGGCCAAGUUUGCGGACGGACAGCAGUGCUCGGUGCCCGUGUUCGACAUUACACACCAGACACCUCUGUGUGAGGAACAUGCCAAAAAAAUGGAUAAUUUCCUGAGAGGAGACAGCUCCCGUAAAGUUCAGCACCAGCAGCAGAGGAAACCCAGGAAAAAAACCAAGCCUCCUGCACUUACCAAAAAACACAAGAAGAAGAGAAGGCGUGGACCCCGUCGACCCCAGAAGCCCAUCCCCCCCGCGGUGCCCCAGGGGAACCUCAGCAUGCCCGCCAGCGUCUCACUGCCAGUGGCGGCCGCGCAGAUCCGGAGCCCGUCCACACCGGAGCUGAGUGCUGAUGAGUUGCCGGAUGACAUUGCCAACGAGAUCACUGACAUUCCACAUGACUUGGAGUUGAACCAGGAGGACUUUUCAGACGUCCUGCCACGGCUGCCUGAUGACUUACAAGACUUUGAUUUUUUUGAAGGAAAGAAUGGGGACCUCCUCCCGACCACCGAGGAGGCCGAGGAGCUGGAACGGGCCUUGCAGGCUGUGACUUCCCUCGAGUGCCUGAGUACCAUCGGGGUACUGACCCCGUCGGACGGCGUGCCGGUGCAGGAGCUGUCAGACCGAGGAAUAGGGGUGUUCUCCACCGGCACCGCAGCGUCGGGCAUUCCGUCCUUGAGCCGAGAGGUGAACGCGGACCUCGGGGAGCUGCUGAACGGGCGCAUGGUCCACGAUAACUUUUCCAGCCUCGAGCUGGAUGAGAGCCUGCUGCGUUCGGCCUCCCUGUCUAACCCACCUACACCCCUGGCAGGGCAGGUCCAGGGGCAGUUCUCCGCCCCAGCCAGCGUCGGCCUUACUUCUGCCACUCUGAUCAGCCAGAGUGCCCUCGGGGAGAGAGCCUUCCCAGGACAGUUUCCUGGACUCCAUGACGGCAGCCAUGCCUCCCAGAGGCCACAUCCUGCCCAGCUGCUGAGCAAGGCAGAUGACCUGAUCACCUCACGACAGCAAUACAGCAGUGACCGCUCACACUCCUCGCCCCCUGGAAGCCAUUACGACAGCGAGCACGUGCCGUCGCCCUACAGCGACAUCACCUCCCCCCACACGGCGUCUUACUCUGCUGAUAACAUGGCAGCUACCUUUCCAGCAGAGAUGCCCAUCAUGGCGCAGCACCUGCUCCCAGCCCCACUCGAGGUGCCACUCGGAGGAGUCGCAAACCCCAGAACUCACUGGGGCAAUCUCCCGGUCAACCUUGGAGACUCCUCUCCGUUCAGCAACCUUCUGGGCGCAGACGGCCACCUUCUCUCCACAUCCCUGUCCACGCCGCCCACCACGUCGAGCUCAGAGGCCACCCAGCCUGCCUUCGCCACCGCGACCCCCAGCAGCUCCAGCGUGCUCCCGGGGCUGCCGCAGACCAGCUUCAGUGGCCUGGGGCCGUCCGCGGAGCUCGUGGCCUCCAGCUCCCCCAAGCAGCAGCUCCCCCAGUUCAGCGCAGCCUUCGGCCACCAGCUGAGUUCUCACAGUGGCAUUCCCAAGGACCUGCAGCCCAGCCACAGCUCCAUCGCCCCGCCCACAGGCUUCACAGUCACAGGUGCCACAGCGACGAGUACCAACAACGCGGCCUCGCCCUUUCCGUCCCCUAACUGAGCGCGUCUGCGUGUCCGCGGCCGGGGAGCCUGGCGUUUUCUAUGUGUUUCCUCCUUAUCCCCCGCCCCCUUUUCCUAAAGAUGAUUUUAAAAAUCACAGACGGGGACUCGAGGGGACCCCUUCCAGCUCGCCCCGUGGCCUGCGGCGGACCUCGCUUCAGUGCUCGCAGCGCUCCGCGCCGGUGCUCGCCUCCCGCAGGCCCCGCCCCGGGCCCCCGCGGCUCGCACAGUGACUGCGCGGAACCCACGUCAGCAGCGAGUGCCACAAGCGGAAGAUACCUCAGAUUACCAGUGCCCUUUACUAUUUCCUAGCAUCCAGAUCACUGCUUUCCGUUCUGUCCCCGGGUCUUCACAGGGGCGGUCCUGGAUAGAGUGAUCCCAUUCCGAGCCCCGCGUAAGAGACCGCGGCCGGCGCCAGGGGCGGCCAGGCUGCCCGCACGCGCUGACACCACGGGAGGCCAGGAUCCAUUCCCAGCUGUGGUCAUGUUUAGUCAAAGAGAAAAAGAUUAGUCUUCUGGCUGCCUGUGCGCGCGCCCACACGUGUGUGUUUGCAGGGUCGGAAGCAGCUGUCCCAUUGUUAUUUUUUUCUAAUGGGUGUGAGGCUCUUACUUCUCCUUUCCCACAUCUCACAACCCUAAUGAAGUCGGUCAUUCUCUCCACUGAGUUAACAGGUUUCCUGAAUGGAGAGGGUGGUGGUCUCUUUGUGCGAAUAGCAAACCUCUUCUGCUGAGUUGGCCCAGAGCACGGGAAGCUGAGCACGGCAGUGCCUGGGGUGUGGUGAGGAGCUUGUCUGAAGCGGCUGCAGGGUUGCUGAGGUUGGGGGUCUGGUGGUCGUGUUGCCUUUUAGACAUGCGUUUGUUUCUAAAUCCCUCUCAUGGAAUACAUUCACAGGAUGUAACUAGAGAAGAUAUUUUGAUGUGAAGUGCAGGAUAGAUCAGAUAGAUUUGGAAAGACGGGAUCUGUGAACUCCUUGAUCCAUCUUUUGCUUUUGAAUUUUUCAUGUUUACAGUAGUGAUUCUUUGGUAAGAUUUGUAAAAUGUUGAAGACGCUUGUAGGAUCAGUGUACCAGUUGUGAAGUGAUGUGUGAUAUCUGAAGGAUGCACAUUUUAAAGUUUCUUUCAAAGCAGAAUAUGGAAAGUAGAUAUAAAUUUUACCCACCCUUUGGUACUUUUAAAAUAAUUAAGUCCUUAGGUUUAAGUUUUGGGAAAUUUUUAUGAAGUACCAGGAUUUUAGGGUUUAAAAAUCAUCUUGGGUAGUUUAGUAAGUUGGUGACUAUGAAAUGAUAUGUGAGGUUUCUUUUACCUGCCUUCCCCCGCAGCCUCCCCCAGAAGGGUGGGACGAGAUUUGAAAGGCAUCUGUCCUCUGCUUUUGCUGGGAAGUUUCGCUGUCCCCGACAUGCCAUUGGCUAUUUAUACCUGAGUCGUCUAAGUUACAUAUAUAUAUUUUAAAAGAUGAGUAGAGAGAACAUAUCUAUUAAUGAUGUGAUAUAAUAAUUCAUUUGUCAGGGAAUAUUUGAUCUUAAUUCCUCUUCAGUAGGUAAAGAUUUGGAUGUAUUUUCCUACUUUUGCUGUAUGUGCUCUCUUUAUGCCGUGCUAACUCUAACCAGCCCCUUCUUUUGAAAGCUUUUCUUUCUCUGCUUUUUAAAGGAAUGAUGGUGAUCAGCAGGCAUUAUGCAGAUUCCACGUGCCUGAUUAUGGAGGGGAAAUGUCACGUGACUGUAUGAAAUCAUUAUAUGCCCUAUUUUGUAUUUAUUGAAGUUUCUUUUUCUGGGCCAAAAAUAUGUUUGUAAUAUAUUUAGUUGUUUUUUUAAUCAUGAUAAUUGAUUGGAAGAUUUAUUUUUAAUAGCUUUGCCUCUUUUGCAGAUUGAGAAAUUUCUAAAUUAUAAAUUAUGUCACAAAGCAAAAUUAUAUUUGGUAUCAUCAUAAAUUUCUAUUCUGAAUGGUGAGAACAGGUAAUUUGAAUAUUUCUCACCUGUGAACCUAUGUUAGUAAGCUUUUUUAUUUUAAUGUACUGUAAUGAAAUGAUUAUGAGUAGUUACCUCUGCUCAAAAGUGUCAUUUAGUUUGCUAAACUCUUUUCACAUCGCAUUAUAAUCACCACUAGAUAACAGCAAUUCGAUUUAGUCUCCAUUGUGCACUAAUUGAAGGUGGUAGCAGAGCAGUUCAUUGGCUUUCUCGUCUGCCCUUUUUUGACAGCAAAGGGAAAGUCAUGGGUAGUCGAUUGGAACUUUUCUGGCUAUUUGUCCCUCUUGGUAGCUGCUUAAAAUUCUUCAGUUAUCAAAACUGAGUCUGCAGUAAGUUGCACAUUUCAUUGUUUGCAAUUUUCUGUUUUAUGUGCAUUGAAAAGCCCUUUUCUGCUUUCUAGUAAGGAGGCAUGAAAUGAUCAGGAAUGUUGCCAGUUACAGCUUCACACCAAAAACUUUGAGUAAAUUCCUUUCUGUUUAGACGCCCACGAGGACAGCUGGAGAAAGGGCGCCUUAGACAGCACCAGCGUAGGUUUGAGGGUUAGCAGAAGACUCAUUUUCCCUCUCAUUUCAUCCCCUGCAAAACGGAUGUCCGAGCUUACAGUUUGCUUGGCUCUUGCUGUUCCUUGUGAGUCCCCUUUUGGAAGAGAAAGGAACAUCUGUGAACCCAGAAAUAGCUGUUAUGUUUUUCUUUUAGCUAAUGGAGCAAUUCUAGUCUAUUACUGGUAGGUUUGCUAUUAAUAUGUAAAGAAAGAAAUGAAAUGUCUUUUAUUCCAGAAAUAUGAAAAUUAGCAUCUUUUAAAAUAGCACUUAUGAUAUAAUAAGGCAGUAGCAGAAUCAAAAAUGAAUUUUAUAUAAGGUCCUAAUUAGGUGAAAACCAGCUUUUAUUCUAGUAUUUAACUCAUGAGAAAUCAUGGCAAAGAAGGUUCACUCUGUUUCUGCAGCUCUCUGGGACCAUUUAUACAGGCCAGUCGGAUUAUGUUAAUGUGGUUUAAUUUACAGGGUCUUGCGAUUAACGGAUACAUUCUGUGCUCCGAGGAUCUGAAUUCUGUCCUAACGUGUGAUGUUCACUAGUGUGAUCUGUAGCGUCCCAAGGAAAGAUGUGUUUUCUCUCCUUUUCUCUCUCUACACAAUUAUUAAUAUCAUUUUAAUUAAAUUACUUAAGACGUUGUUUUUUCCUCUGUAAAAAUGGCUUAGCAAUUUGCACAUCUGGGUCGGUUAUGUAGCUAGUAAACAAUUCACGAUAAUAAAUAGCAAUUACACUUAACCCACCAAGUGGCAGACUAUGCAAUGGGAAAAUUCUCUGGUUAUCUUCCCGUAGCUUUUAGGGCAAAGGAUUACCUUCUCUAGGAACCCGCUAUGUGAGCUAGAACUGCUUUCUCAGUGACUUCCUGAGCAGUUUCAUGCUGGCAGGCAGUGUGCUGUGUCUAGUGGCACUCCAUGAAGAGAGUUUUAAUUUAAUGAGAAGCAAAUAGUAGAUAGAUAUGGUUGGAAAAUGGAAUUUUUUUCUUUUCCUUAAAAUUAUCGUUAAUGUCUUCAGUGGCUUAAGGCUAAAGAAAGCUAAUACUUUAUCUUUGCCAAAUAAUUAUUUAUAAGAUCUAUUUCUUAAAUAAGCCCAAUCUCUCAACUGCAAGUUAAGAAUCAUUUUCUGUGGCUAACACUAAAGCUUUCCUUAUCAGAGCUCAUUCUCAGUCUGUGAUCACAAUCCACAGAAGCAAAGACAGUUGUUUGAUUUGGAAGGAAAUGAUGUCCGUGGUACACACGGGUGCACUCUCUGUAUAGUAUUCUUCUUAUGUGAAAGAAUUUGUAUUUCUGUUGACCUGUACCAUUCACUUUUACCAGCUGGCGCUAGAAUCUGAGCAUGUGUGUGUCCCUCCCACACUGUCAGUUCCUUGGUCCCUGCCUGCAGUCCUUCUGUGCCCCCGCAUCACAGGGGUGGUGAGGGUUGGUGGCUGCAUCAGCAAGGUUUGUGUGGGGCAGCUGCCUUUUCUCCAAGUAGGUUCGAAAGGUUGUUGUGAAUUGGCAUUGCAAAAAGAUUCAGAUAUUAAUAACACUAAACUAAUUAUUUAGUAGGUUUGAAAUUCAUUUAAAAUGUUUUAGGCAUCUAGUUUCUUCAUCCUUCUUCUUUUUAGCCUUCUUUUAAAUUCUAUUUUUAAUCUGGUAUAUAUAGAAGAAUAUGAUGGUCUUCUAAAUAGUCAACAGAACUCUGCAGUUUAUUGAGGCAAUUUAAAGGAUUCUUUGAAAGAAAAAUAGUCAUACUGAAUAAUCUUCAUUUGUGUCUCUUUCAUCACCAACACCUACAUUGUUCCAAGGACUUUUUCCCAGCAAAUAUAUUUACUAGGGGUGGAGGUAAGGGGUGGGAAUAUAUAUAUGACAGAACAUAGAUUUUUUUCCUUUCUCUCAAUACACUGAAAAUCAUUAAAUCUUCACUGGCAUUCUAUAGAAUGGUAAAACAAUUUAAUGACUUCUUAAUAUCUUGGACUUUAUAAGCUUUCCAAUAUCAUAUUCUGGAGAGAACAAAAUCCAUGUUUAGUAGAUUAAAGUAACAUUGUAAAUGCUGUCUUUCAAAAGAUUUGUAAUAAAAUACAGUGAAGAACAUAUUUGGAUAUCUGUUAAGUGUAUUCCCUUGACCAGUGAGUUAGGAAAGAAAACAUAAACCCUAAAUGAAUUAUUAUGUCUCCUAAUGACCGGUGUCAUUAAUUUGAAAAUUGUGGGUCAGACUUAGCCUAAUUUCUCAAUAGCAAAGACUCUGCCCGCUCCAGCUGUCCUCUGUCAGCACUGUGACACAGAGCAGAUGGAAGGAGAUGUGGCCCUUCAGAGAGCAAAGGUGGUGGGACUGUCUUUGCCCUGGGUUCCCGAAGCUUGGGCUUCUGUGGCUGCUUGGAGUGGCAGAGGUUUUGGUGACGUCAGGUUUGGUCUGAGAAGCAAUCUUGUAGGAGGAAACUUGUUCGACUCUUAGCAGGCUGUGUGGGGCAGCACAGCCUCCCCCUCUGUCCCUCAGCCCACCCCAGUACCGAAGUGUGCGCACGCGCACACACAACCAGUACUGGUCCUGGCCUAAGAGUAAUAGAAUCCUCUCCUUUCACUUGUUUCUUUGUUUCUGUUUCUUUUUUUGAGCUGGGGACCACUGAAGUGAGCUCUAUCUGUACACACCCAAAGUUCCCCUUGGAAAAACUUUCAACAUGCAGUGCGGAGCCCCGUGCUGCUAAAGGCCACACCAGUGCUCUGACUUGGGGGAUAGUCUGAUUUGCCCUGACGUGACUCCACCCUCCACCCGUUCAGGGAUGGUUGGCUCCAGCGGACGAGUGUGGCAGUGAUGGGGAGUUGGUGCUUGUGACGUGUCUGCGUCUGCGCGGAAGGGUCGGAGCAGUUCCUCCCGACAGUACCAGUUCUUUCCACUGUAUAGUGUUGAGUAUGUCUCAGGGAUUCCUUGUGGAAAUUAGGGCAGUUUUUAAAAUAAGAAGAUAGUUUUAAAAGAAACUAAAGGUGACUCAUUGAAGAGAGCGCAAGAAAGAGAAAACACUUGGUUUCGUCGCCCGCGGUGUCUUGCAUAGGACUCUUCCUUUCUCCUUCAGGCUCUCAUCUCAGCUUCAGCGUACAGAACCCGUCCCGUCACGCACAGCUUUAAAACUUUU